UCACAACAGCAAAACAUUUGCUUUAAUAUGUAUAUUUCUCUCCUCUUUCAAACCAGUCCUUUAAUGGUUUUUAUAUAAAAUACUAAUUUAGGAAUGUCCUUUGGAUUCGGCCGAUUUUCGAGAGGCGCAGUGUUCCGAAUUUGACAACAAACCAACCGGCAUUCAUGGUCUGAGUCCGAACGUCAAGUGGUUACCGAAAUUCUCCGGAGUUCACACCGCCGACACGUGCAAACUGUACUGCCGAGCUUCGGGCACUGCCGCGUUUUACUUGCUCAAGGAUAAAGUCGUUGACGGAACCCCUUGCGGGCGAUACAGCGACGAUAUGUGUGUCGAUGGCUCCUGUCGGCCGGAAGUUUUUCAGAAAGCCGGAUGUGACCAUCGACUCGGAUCAGAUCUCGAACGAGACAAGUGCGGCGUUUGCGGGGGUGAUGGCACAACUUGUCGCUUCGUCUCGGGCCACUUUAACGAGCAAACGAGCUACGGCUACAAUUUCGUAAUGAAAAUUCCGAUCGGCGCUACUAACAUCCAUGUCGAUCAACAUGCUUGGAACGAUAAGAAGGAAGAUGAUAAUUACUUAGCACUCCAAAACGCGAAAGGAGAAUUCAUCUUGAAUGGUCAUUUUCAAGUUAGUGUUUUCUUUCAAGAGAUACCUGUUCGUGGUACAGUCAUAGAGUACAGUGGCUCGGACAACGUUGUGGAACGUAUUAACUCGACGAAGCCGAUUUUGGAAGAGCUCUUCCUUCACGUAAUGACGUCAGACGUACUGACCGUUGGUGACCUGCAUCCGCCAGAUAUACGAUACGAUUAUUUCAUUCCAAAUAACAGUGUGCGGUCAGCUGUGAAACCGGAUUACUUCUGGAGAGCGGCAGAAGAGUGGACGCGAUGCAGCAAAUUGUGUCACGGAACGCAAGAACUGAAAAUCAUUUGCAUCGAACAAGAAGGCGAACAAAUCGUUAGCGACAGCUAUUGCGAAGGCCAGCCUAAGCCGAGUCGUGCCACUCGCGUAUGCAACCUGCACUGUGAGCUCAAGUGAGU